GGUAAGUUGUGUGUUAAUCUUUUGUUGUUCUAGUUUCUUAGUCUUCUGUUCUUGGGUAGCGCAGAUGGCUAGAGGAGCUGGAGUUUCCGGUAGAGGUCGUGGUCGUGGCAGAGCAGGAGCUCUUGAGGGUGCCGCGAUGGAGCAGAUUGCGGGUCUGCAGCCUGAGGUUGAGGAGGGGACCGGGGCAGUUGACGGUACUGGCGUCGCCGCAGCGGAGUUAGCUGGUGGCGGUGCCGGUGAGCGUGUCGUUGGUGCAGAUAACCCGGGAGUGUUGGGUGCUGCAGCCGGAGUAGCCCAGGGUCAGGACGGAGGCUUGGCGGACCUGCUGAGGCAGUUGUUGGAGCGGUUGCCAGGUGUGGUACCAGUGCAGGCUCCAGUGGCACAGCAGGUGCCAGUUGCACCACGGGUGCAGGAGGAGGUACAACCUAGAGCUGCAGUUGCUGGAGGUGUUCCGUCAUACAUUAAGAUGAUGGAGCAGCUGCAGAAGAUUGCGGCUCAGCCGAAGAGGACUCAGCAGCAGGUGGCACCUGGCAGGGGCGGCAAGCCUGCGCAGGGGCAGAAGAGGAAGUGGGACCACACUUCCAGAGUUGGUCAGAGUGGCCAGGGUGGUCGUGCUGGGUGUUUUUCUUGUGGGAGUCUUGACCACAAGGUAGCGGACUACACUCGCCGUGUGGAGACCAGGGAGUGCUACCAUUGCAAGGAGAAGGGACAUCUCAAACCGAAUUGUCCUAAGUUGCAGCGGACGGCAGUGGCAGCGAUGGGAGACACCAGCACCAGAGCAGCGAUCACUGGGUUCUUAGCACAUAAGGUUUGUGGAGGGACCUUAUUGGUGGGCGGUGUAGAGGCCCAUGUGUUGUUUGACUCUGGAGCGUCUCACUGCUGUAUUACCCCGGAUUGUGCCUUGCGUGGCAACAUCCGAGGAGACCCUGGCGAGCAGGUUGGACCAGUUAAGGUCGCUGGAGGAGGGCUCCUAGAGGUCUUUGGGAGAGUUAAGGGUGUGGAUAUUCAGAUUGCAGGGGAGUCGAUGCCAGCGGAUCUGAUUAUUUGCCCUGUGGAGCUGCAUGAUGAUGGCUCCAGCAGAGAUGACAGAGCUGAAGAAGCAGCUGGAGGAUUUGUUGGGUAAGGGAUUCAUUCAUCCUAGCACUUCACCUUGGAGAGCGCCGGU